AAUAGUGGGUGUAACUUUUUAUAUCUAAAAAUAGGAUAGUAAUGGAAAUAAAAUUUAUUUUCAUGGAACUCAUGGCAAUCCAUCCUCCCAUGGAGACCACCUUCGCCCCUGUAAGUUUCUGCGCACUCCCUUCUUCUGCCCUCUACCGCUGUGGCAGAAGCAAGAGGAAACACAAAAGCAAUCAACAUAAGCAAUUUCAUCGCAAAACAAAAACCAAUACUACUCCUUUCCCAAAGUCAUUCCCAACCCCACUUCUGAUCAACCAAAGGCCCUCUGCCCAAACAAAACUCCAAGCCCUCGAUGCACUCUUGAACGACCUGGAAAAAUCCAUCAGUGAUGGUGUGAAAGUGUCCGAUCCCCAACUCUUUGCUUCCCUCCUUGAGUCAUGUUUCCAUUUGCAAGCCAUUGAUUACGGCGUCCGAGUUCAUCAGCUUAUACCCAGAACGCUUUUGCAUAAGAAUGUCGGCAUCUCGUCAAAGCUUCUCCGGCUGUACGCUUCUAGUGGGCAUAUUGAGAAGGCCCACCAGUUGUUUGAUGAAAUGCCUAAGCGGGAUACGUCGGCAUUCCCAUGGAAUGCGCUCAUCUCGGGGUAUGCCGAAUUGGGUCAGUAUGAAGAUGCCAUGGCAAUUUACUUUCAAAUGAAGGAAGAUGGCGUCGAGCCCGACCAGUUCACCUUCCCUCGAGCAUUGAAAGCUUGUGCGGGAAUAGGGUCGAUUCGAGUAGGGGAGAAGGUUUAUCGUGACAUCGUUCGUUGUGGUUUCGGGGACAAUGCGCACGUUCUCAAUGCUCUUGUUGACAUGUAUGCCAAGUGCGGAGACAUUCUGAAGGCGCGAAAGGUGUUUGAUAAGAUCGCUACCCGUGACUCGGUUUCAUGGAAUUCGAUGCUCACUGGUUAUAUCCGCCAUGAGCUGUUGGCGGAGGCUGUGGAUACAUUUCGCGGGAUGCUCCUAAAUGGGUUUGAGCCAGACUCAAUAGCCAUAUCUUCGAUUCUCGCUACUGAGCUGUCCUUUAAAAUUGGUACCCAGAUUCAUGGAUGGGUUAUUCGGCGAGGAAAUGAAUGGGAUUUGUCCAUUGCUAAUUCCUUGAUUGCCUUAUACUCAACCCGGGUGGAGUUGCACAGAUCUCGUUGGCUGUUCGACAAAAUGCCAGAAAGGGAUGUUGUCUCGUGGAAUUCCAUAAUUUCUGCUCAUUCUAAAGACCGUAGAGCUCUUACAUAUUUUAGGGAGAUGGAGAGUGCUGGUGCUUUGCCAGACGGCAUCACAUUUGUGUCGCUACUGUCAGCCUGUGCUCACUUGGGCUUGGUGGCGGAUGGGGAGGAGCUCUAUUCUCUUAUGAGAAGCAGUUAUGGUAUAUGCCCCAGCAUGGAACACUAUGCUUGUCUGGUGAAUCUCUAUGGAAGGGCAGGAUUGAUCAAUAAGGCUUACGACAUCAUAACGAAGAUGAUGGAGUUUGAGGCCGGUCCAACCGUCUGGGGAGCAUUACUAUAUGCUUGCUACAUUCAUGGGAAUGUAGACGUUGGAGAGAUUGCUGCUGAAAGGCUUUUUGAGUUGGAGCCAGAUAAUGAACUUAAUUUUGACAUUUUAAUGAGGCUUUACGGCAAAGUGGGGAGAGUAGAAGAUGCGGAGAGGGUGAGAAAAAUGAUGAUGGACAGAGGAUUGGAAUUGUAGGAGGUUGUUCCUGAGCAAUGGUGUUUUGAUGAACCAAAAUCAAAUUCUUCCCUUGGACCUUGAAUCGCCACAAGAAAUAAAGAUUUGCAUAAGCCAAGCUGCUGUCAAAGAUGCUGCAAAUGGCUGAAAUUUGCUCUUCCCCGUGCCAUUGCGAGCUUUCCUCUCGUGCACUAGAAAAAAAAUUGGCGGUCUUUCCAUCAGGCCUUACCAUCCCAUGGAAACACUCCAUAUAGUGGUUCCAUCAGAUUGUAUAUGGACCCUAUAUAUAUAUUAUUUGGAACCUUUUCAUUGGAUGAUAAGGUGGAAAGACCACUAUUUUUUUCCUUGUGCACUGUCUAUAGAAGAAGUUUUUUUUUUUUUGGGUUAAGAGUGAAAGAACCUAACGCAAAAUAUGAAGAAGUGGACAAUUACAUAUUACAAAUUGUAUUCACAUUGAAACAACUCUGUAAUAACAUAUUGCAAGCAAUUCUUCUUCACCUUA